ACAAGGAAUUUUGAAAUCUAUAGUAAAAAGCUUGUGAGUUAACCGCAAACUAAAACUAACGAUCAAAUAAGUGACAACAAAGCGAACGACCCUCGACCGAAAAUAAAAUCAAAAGCAAAUAAGAAACAAAUCAGCGAAAAUAGCGGAAUUGCAAUUUUUGUGAGUGCGCGUGUUUUGCAACUGUGUGCAUCUGGUGUCCGAGUCAAAGGUCAAAACUCAUAUGAAAAUGUCGCACGCUAACCUAAAAGCAAUGCCAACAAAAGCCGUCGCUGCCAUCAAUGUCACGUCAUUCAAAAAGCCCUCUAAGGUCAGUCGGGCAGCAUAUUCUGGUGCAUCUGGGCCUCUAUUGACGUUGCUGCUGCUUCUGGUCGCCAUCUUGUUUUGCAUCGGCAACUUUGGACUUGUCGAAGGCCUCAAGUGCCACAUGUGUGGUGAAUAUAAUGAGGGCGUCGGUUCCAUAACACCCUGCUCCAACUACUCCAAGGAGAUUGAGCAUCUUUAUCUUAAGGAGUGCAAGAAGAAGAGCGAGAAAUUCUGUGUGAAAUAUGUAAGCGAAUUGUCGACUGUGCGGGAUUGUGCAACUGAAUGCGUUGAGAAAGAAAUAUGGGAAACCCAAACCUAUUGCUGCACAGAAGAUGGCUGCAAUUCUGGUGGUCAUCUGAAGUAUUCUAUCGUAUUGUUGACUAUUCCGUUCUUCAACAUAAUCUGGUCAAUUCUUCAUAACUAUUUAAAAGUGAGACGUUAAGCUAAUUCCAUAAUUACUAAACAGUUUUACCUAAAAUAAAGCUUUUGAUUAAUUUAAUCCUUUCACUUUGGUUUGGCUUUGUAUAAGUAAUCCGCGUAUAGUGAUUAUUGUUUCCAAAGAGAAAUUCUGUAUAUGGGACCUAAAAAAACAAAAAAAAAGGAAAAACCAAUAAAUGUUUAUUUCGACUUUUAAUUAGUUUUCAACUAAUUGUAGUAAUACUUAAGCGCAUAUUGCCUUGUGUGCUUGUAAUAAGUUUAACUGUCUUCCCAAAUGCAAGUUUGUAAUGAAAUAGGCACAA